UACGUUGUUUAUUUGACUUGUUUUCAGAGGAUCUUGAAUUAAGAGUCAUUGACACGCAGAAGUCAGUCUUUCCUAGACUCUAAAGGGACCGAGUUCCUUAAGAAUGACCGACAAGCUAGCCUCAUAUCUAGGACCAGAGCCAAGAAAGUUAACUGUCGGGAAAAGUUUUGAGAAAAAGAGUGGAAGUCGAUAUCAUGGUUUAAGAUACGAUUUUAAACCUGUUUCCAUAGACGAGGACAAAGAUGGAGUUCUUGAGGUUAAAGAAAACAGUUCUGUUGCUGUUUCUCUUCCUCAUAUAGAUGGAUCCGGUCAGACUAAUUAUAAGGUAGGAGACUAAUAGUGGC